UUAUUUAACCAUUUUAUAGAUCCUCCUGAGUUUGUUUGUUGCUGUUAUUUUGGACAACUUAGAACUUGAUGAAGAUCUAAAGAAGCUUAAACAAUUAAAGCAAAGUGAAGCAAAUGCAGACACCAAAGAAAAGCUCCCUUUGCGCCUGCGAAUCUUUGAGAAAUUUCCAAACAGACCACAAAUGGUGAAAAUUUCAAAGCUUCCUUCAGAUUUUACAGUUCCUAAAAUCAGGGAAAGUUUUAUGAAGCAGUUUAUCGAUCGCCAGCAGCAGGACACCUGCUGCCUCUUGAGAAGCCUCCCUUCCGCCUCUUCCUCCUGCGAUCACACCAAACGGUCAGCAAUCGAAGACAACAAGUACAUUGACCAAAAACUUCGCAAGUCUGUUUUCAGCAUCAGGGCAAGGAACCUUCUGGAAAAGGAGACUGCAGUCACUAAAAUAUUAAGAGCUUGCACUCGACAGCGCAUGCUGAGUGGAUCAUUUGAGGGGCAACCUGCAAAGGAAAGGUCAAUCCUCAGCGUGCAGCACCAUAUCCGCCAAGAGCGCAGGUCACUAAGACAUGGAUCAAACAGCCAGAGGAUCAGCAGGGGAAAAUCUCUUGAAACUUUGACUCAAGAUCAUUCCAAUACAGUGAGGUAUAGAAAUGCACAAAGAGAAGACAGUGAAAUAAAGAUGAUUCAGGAGAAAAAGGAGCAAGCAGAAAUGAAAAGGAAAGUGCAAGAAGAAGAGCUGAGAGAGAACCACCCGUACUUCGAUAAGCCUCUGUUCAUAGUCGGGCGGGAGCACAGGUUCAGAAACUUUUGCCGGGUGGUGGUCCGAGCACGCUUCAACGUCUCUAAAACAGACCCUGUCACAGGAGCGGUGAAAAAUACAAAGUACCAUCAACUUUAUGAUUUGCUGGGAUUGGUCACUUACCUGGACUGGGUCAUGAUCAUCGUAACCAUCUGCUCUUGCAUUUCCAUGAUGUUCGAAUCGCCCUUUCGAAGAGUCAUGCACGCACCUACUUUGCAGAUUGCUGAGUAUGUGUUUGUGAUAUUCAUGAGCAUUGAGCUUAAUCUGAAGAUUAUGGCAGAUGGCUUAUUUUUCACUCCAACUGCUGUCAUCAGGGACUUUGGUGGAGUAAUGGACAUAUUCAUAUAUCUCGUGAGCUUGAUAUUUCUUUGUUGGAUGCCUCAAAAUGUGCCCGCUGAAUCAGGAGCACAGCUCUUGAUGGUUCUUCGGUGCCUGAGACCUCUGCGGAUAUUCAAACUGGUGCCCCAGAUGAGGAAAGUUGUUCGAGAACUUUUCAGUGGCUUCAAGGAAAUUUUUUUGGUCUCCAUUCUUUUGCUGACAUUAAUGCUUGUCUUUGCAAGCUUUGGUGUUCAGCUUUUUGCUGGAAAACUGGCAAAGUGCAAUGAUCCCAACAUUAUUAGAAGGGAAGAUUGUAAUGGCAUAUUCAGAAUUAAUGUAAGUGUGUCCAAGAACUUAAAUUUAAAAUUAAGACCUGGAGAGAAAAAACCUGGAUUUUGGGUGCCCCGUGUUUGGGCAAACCCUCGGAACUUUAAUUUUGACAAUGUGGGAAAUGCUAUGCUGGCAUUGUUUGAAGUCCUCUCCUUGAAAGGCUGGGUGGAAGUAAGGGACGUUAUUAUCCAUCGUGUGGGGCCGAUCCAUGGAAUCUAUAUUCAUGUUUUUGUAUUCCUGGGUUGCAUGAUUGGACUGACCCUUUUUGUCGGAGUGGUUAUUGCUAAUUUCAAUGAAAACAAGGGGACCGCUCUGCUGACCGUAGAUCAGAGAAGAUGGGAAGACCUGAAGAGCAGACUGAAGAUCGCACAGCCUCUUCAUCUCCCACCUCGCCCGGAUAAUGAUGGUUUUAGAGCUAAAAUGUAUGACAUAACCCAGCAUCCAUUUUUUAAGAGGACGAUCGCGUUACUUGUUCUGGCCCAGUCGGUGUUGCUGUCUGUCAAGUGGGACGUCGAGGACCCGGUGACCGUGCCUUUGGCAACUAUGUCGGUGGUUUUCACCUUCAUCUUUGUUCUAGAGGUCACCAUGAAGAUCAUAGCAAUGUCACCUGCUGGCUUCUGGCAAAGCAGAAGAAAUCGAUAUGACCUCCUGGUGACGUCGCUCGGUGUCGUGUGGGUGAUACUUCACUUUGCCCUCUUGAAUGCGUACACCUACAUGAUGGGCGCUUGUGUGAUCGUCUUUAGAUUUUUCUCUAUCUGUGGAAAGCAUGUAACACUUAAGAUGCUCCUCCUGACCGUGGUUGUCAGCAUGUACAAAAGCUUCUUUAUCAUAGUAGGAAUGUUCCUCUUGCUGCUGUGCUAUGCUUUCGCUGGAGUUGUUUUAUUUGGUACUGUGAAAUAUGGAGAGAACAUUAACAGGCAUGCAAAUUUUUCUUCAGCUGGCAAAGCCAUUACCGUACUGUUCAGAAUUGUCACAGGUGAAGACUGGAAUAAGAUCAUGCAUGACUGUAUGGUUCAGCCUCCUUUUUGUACUCCAGAUGAAUUUACAUACUGGGCCACAGACUGUGGAAAUUAUGCCGGAGCGCUUAUGUAUUUCUGUUCAUUUUAUGUCAUCAUUGCCUACAUCAUGCUAAAUCUGCUUGUAGCCAUAAUUGUGGAGAAUUUCUCUUUGUUUUAUUCCACUGAGGAAGACCAGCUUUUAAGUUAUAAUGACCUUCGCCACUUUCAAAUCAUAUGGAAUAUGGUGGACGAUAAAAGAGAGGGGGUGAUUCCCACCUUCAGGGUCAAGUUCCUGCUGAGGCUGCUGCGUGGGAGGCUGGAGGUGGACCUUGACAAAGACAAACUUUUGUUUAAGCACAUGUGCUACGAAAUGGAGAGGCUGCAUAAUGGAGGCGAUGUCACUUUCCACGAUGUCCUGAGCAUGCUUUCAUACCGGUCCGUUGACAUCCGGAAAAGUUUGCAGUUGGAGGAGCUCCUGGCGAGGGAGCAGCUGGAGUACACCAUCGAGGAGGAGGUGGCCAAGCAGACCAUCCGCAUGUGGCUCAAGAAGUGUCUGAAGCGCAUCAGAGCUAAACAGCAGCAGUCUUGCAGCAUCAUCCACAGUCUGCGAGAGAGUCAACAGCAAGAGCUGAGCCGGUUUCUGAAUCCUCCCAGCAUUGAGACCACCCAGCCAAGUGAGGACGCCAAUGUCAGCAGUCAGGAUAAUAACAUGCAACCUGAGACGAGCAGCCAGCAGCAGCUCCUGAGCCCCACCCUGUCGGACAGAGGAGGAAGUCGGCAAGAUGCAGCCGAUGCUGGGAAACCCCAGAGGAAGUUUGGGCAAUGGCGCUUGCCCUCGGCUCCAAAACCAAUAAGCCAUUCAGUGUCUUCGGUCAACUUACGGUUUGGAGGGAGAGCAGCAAUGAAAUCUGUAGUGUGCAAAAUGAACCCCAUGACAGACGCGGCCUCCUGCGGUUCCGAAGUGAAGAAGUGGUGGACCCGGCAGCUGACCGUGGAGAGUGACGAAAGCGGAGACGACCUUCUGGAUAUUUAGGUGGAAAUCAGUGCAGGCGAAAGUCUAGAGGUGAAAACUGUUUUCCGAUAUGUUCCAUGAUUGUCCAGUGAGCAAUCUGCAAUUGAUUUAUAACUUCAUUCUAACUUUUCACAAGGUUUCUUAAAAUCCAUUUUUGUCCUGCCAUAGGUAGGCAUAAAAACUGGUCUGUCGAAUCUCUGUGUUUGAUGGGCUAGUAUCACGUGUCCGAGAAAAUUUGUAUAAUGGCAGUAUUGAUUUUAUUAGAAACUAUACCAAGAGCCAGUGUAGCUCCUUCAAAAAUUUCAUAUAUUCUGUCUAUGUAAACUAAGGUGUAUAUUUACAUGUGUUCUUAUGCAUUAUUACCAACCCGCAGAAGACCGCUAGCCCAAAGUGGCUGGUAUUUAUGGUACAGGAACUGUAGCUUUUUUGCCCCAUUUCCACUAGAAAUACUUUACUUGGGAGAAUUUAUUAUUGAUGACUGACCUGAAAAGGUCAGCACUGAGCCAAUGCUAAAAUGAUCAUAGUAUAACAAACUACAGACUCCGAAUUUUAAAAAGUGUAUUCUUUUUCUCUUAUUAUUUUUAAAAAUACAUUUGAGAUCAGAACACAUUGUUUUCCGUUCUCAGUUAUUCUAAUGAAAUUGUUGCCUGCUUCCAAGACCGAGCAAAGAAAUUGACCCAGGAUGCUAAUUGAUUUAAAACAAAUCUGUAGAUAGAUUACUUGAGGGACAUGGUUGCCCAAAGACGUUAAAUUUCUUAAAACACCUCUUAAUAACUGAGUUUAGCAAAAAGAGUAAAAUAUGACUCAACUUACAAAAAAAAAAGUCUUUGUAUGUGUGCUGUUAUCAUUGACUUCAUUUCUUACCCAAGAUGGAUCCAUUUUACCCCAUCAGCAGAAACAUUAUGGGUUGAUCCCAACAAACCAUAGCUAUGUUAGAAUCAAAUUGACUCACUCCCCUGCCACCAGAAUCUCCUAUGGAAAUAAUGGUACCCUGCAAAAUCUUGCUCUGAACUCACAGUUUAGGCACCCCAAGAUUUAACUGUAUUUUUUUCACACUUCAGUGGUCCAUAUCGUCUGAGAAAAUUAGAAAUGCAAAACCAUUACAAAGAACCACUGGAUCUUUUGUGUUGGGCCAACCAAGUAGAAGUGGGUUUAGGCCUUUAACUAUGUCACUAAUGAUUGGAAGUUUGCUGUUAGAUUAGUUAUUUAACGAAGUGAUUAUCUCAGAAUCUUUUGACCCCCAGGUUGCUUUAUGAUCUCCGAACGUUCCUCAAAUAGCCAAAUAUCACAGUCCUUCAGUAUCACAAAUGUAACAUUGUAGUGACAGUCUGUUGUCUGUAUGAUUAACUGUGACUAUGAGAUGGUGGGCAAUCAAAGUGUAAUCGAAAGGAUUUUAUUUGGUGUUAUGUUAUUUGGAGUUUACUUUUUGUACAUAAGAAAAUAAAAUAAAUAUUCGAUUUGUAAAAGGA